CCAUAUUUGUCUCCAAUAACAGUCCACCAACCUCUCGCUCGUCUCCCAUGGCGAUUAAUGCGGCCCUUACCUUCUCAGCCUACAAUCACUUUCCUACUUCACCGCUCUUUCCGUACUUCAAUAGCCGUUGCCACUCUCUAUCGUCCUCCCAAAAAAGCAUCCAUGGAGUGGCUUUUCCUUCAUCUCUUGUUACUACUGCAAUCUACAAAAUUCCAGCUUCAAAAUCCGUUAGGGCAGAUGUUACUCCUCUUAAUAGAGAACAGGUAGCUCCUCCUUUUAAUGUACUCAUCACAGGCUCUACGAAAGGCAUAGGAUUUGCACUUGCUAAAGAAUUUCUGAAAACAGGAGAUAAUGUCAUUGUCUGCUCAAGAUCAGCUGAAAGAGUGGAAUCUGCAUUGCAGAGCUUAAUACAUGACUUUGGACAGCAGCGUGUGUGGGGCACAACAUGUGAUGUUAGACAGGGGGAAGAUGUGAAGAAGUUAGUUCAUUUUGCUCAACAAAAUCUAAAACAUAUCGAUAUAUGGAUUAAUAAUGCAGGAUCAAAUGCAUAUAGCUAUAAACCACUAGCUGAAGCUUCAGAUGAAGAUUUGAUUGAAGUUGUCACUACAAACACACUUGGCUUGAUGAUAUGUUGUCGAGAAGCCAUAAAGAUGAUGUUGAAUCAGCCUCGUGGUGGUCACGUUUUCAAUAUGGAUGGAGCUGGAUCUGAUGGAAGACCUACACCAAGAUUUGCUGCAUAUGGAGCUACCAAACGCAGUGUGGUGCACUUGACAAAGUCAUUGCAGGCAGAAUUAAGGAUGCAGGAUGUUGAACACGUGAUAGUGCAUAACUUGUCGCCAGGAAUGGUUACAACUGAUCUUCUCAUGUCUGGAGCUACCACGAAGCAGGCCAAGUUCUUCAUUAACGUUUUGGCAGAGCCAGCUGAGGUGGUUGCUGAGUACCUCGUCCCAAGCAUCAGAUCAGUCCUUCUGAAUGGGUCAACCAAACCAACUUACAUCCGGUUCCUUACUGGCUUGAAAGCUUACUCACAAAUCUUUUCAAGAUUUGCUUUUGGUGCUCGGAGGAAUCGACAUGUGCUUGAAGAUUAGUCAGUAAGUUGUAUAUGAUUCACAACAUUUUACCUGUUCUUCAGUCUUUAUAUUUGAUUUAUUUUGUUACAUUAUUGAACACUUGGUUAGUAUUUAGACUCUAAUUCAUAGUUUAGAUUCCUUCAAAAGAGAAAAAAAAUUGUUGUAGAAAAGUAAUUAUUAAAACUGUAUGUGACCAAUAGAUGAAUUUAGAACUUCUGUUAGUUGAAAGUAAAGUUGUUGAGAACGAUU